CUUUCCCUCUUUUUCCCUAUUUAUAAGCCCACACUUGCCCAUUUCACAGGAAGGAAAAAGAAACAGAAGGGAGAACCAGAGAGAGAGAGAGAAAGAAGGGACUCCUCAUAGACCACAGAAGUCCUGAUCUCAUAUAUCCACACUCACUUAUAUUCUGUUUCAACUGCAAAACUACUGUCUGCUUCAAGGGCUGCUGGUUCGUUACUGAAGAGAAGAAGUAAGCAAUUUUGCUUAUGGAGGUGGCUAUGGAGUUAGAAGAUGACUUGUUCUUUGCUGACUUGAGCAAGCAGAUUUCUCUCCUCAUUAUGGAUGAUGACGAAGACCCAGUUGCUCCUCCCCCUUCUGUUACCUUCCAGCAGGCAUACUCAAGAGUUUAUUACCCAGCAGCACAAUCACCAUUCAUGUAUGAGCAGAAUUGCAGAAGGGAGAGCAAAGGGACAGGGGUGUUUAUCCCACAGUCAACACAGCCAAGAAGGAAGCAGAGGCAAGGCAGAUAUGGUACUAAUAGCUUCCAGACUAAAGGCCAGAGGAAGUUAGAAAGCACAAGAAUGGCUUCCCAAGUAACCACUUAUACCAAUUCCUACAACCCAAACAAGGGCUGAUGAUCAUGAUGAUAAGGAAGGGGAAAAGAGCAGAUAAUAAAACCCAGAAAGUGAUCAAGUUCUGCUUUCUGGAAAGUACCAUGAUUAAUCCUCAGUUUGGCAAAUAGGGUGGAGCAACAAGCAAGGAAUCUACACAGCAGCCUUUUUUUCCUUCUGUCAAGAUCUCUGAUAUGUUGAACAUGUACAUGGUGAAGAAUUAUGCUAUUUAUUUAUUUAUUGUUUUAUUGGUAAUGUUAGUAGGUUGUGGAGGUGGAUAGGUUCCAAUUGUAAGGGACUUGUGUCUCUCUAAUAAAAUGGCGGAGUGUAUGCUGUACUAAUUUUGCUCAAUUAAUUCAUAUGAUUCAUUAUUUGAAUUGUGAUUAA